AUGAAAUUCGGCCAUGAUUUCAAGCAGUCCUUGGCAAGUCAAGGCUUCCCGCCUCACUGGGUCGCUCACGCGAUCCCGUAUGGCCAGCUAAAGAAAUGCCUCAAGAAGGUUCAACGAGAGCUACAAGAGCUAGGCCUUGAUGCUGAGACGUUGAGAACGCUCCUCGACUGCGAUACGGACUCUCCAGUUGCCUUAAACUAUAGUCUUACUGCAUCCUCAAACUCUACGCUCGUCCGGCCGAAGUUGACAGUAUUCAUUCAUUUGCACGAUGGCAAUAUUGUCGACGCCUCUUUGGCGCCGACCACUCGUCAGUUUUUUGAGAAAAUCUCCUCGGGAUCAGUAGUUAGCCACGCUUUCAAUGAAAAGGAAGCUGGGUUGGCAAAUAUUUCACGUCUCAAGGCGACAGACAAGACAGCAGACAAGACAGCAGACAAGACGACGGACGAGACGACGGACGAGACGACGGACGAGACGACGGACAAAGGAACGGACAAUACGACAAGCGCAGCGUCACAAACAGAGGCAAACCACCAUGAAGAAGACAGUUACGAAAGAAUAGAGGUGCCUCUUGUCUUUGACAGUGUCUUCUUUGACAUGCUUCUGAGUGAUGUCAGCAACUUGGAUGCCUUGCAAGCCACGGAGGAGGAUCACUUACAAGAAGAAGUUAAAGAGCUGGGAAAACAAGUAUCGCAAGUAUCACGGCCGACUCGCUUCUCUAAGAGUGAUAUGGACCGCUGGAGACGUAUCUUCGAACUGUACUUGGAUGCAGAGAUCUUCUUUGCAACACACGAGCGUGAACACGGGGCUCGUUCCAGUCAGAAAGCUCUCAAGCAGCUGCAGUGGUUUCAGGGAGAAGUCAACAAGCAACAGCUUGUUAGCUCAUUCAAACUGCCAGAAAGCCGAACUGCCUUCUCGAAAUUCCUCGAAUUAAACCUUGAUCUCUUAAAACAUUUGCAGUUCCAAGAAUUGAACGUAUUGGCAAUCUCCAAAAUAUUGAAGAAAUUUGAUAAGAGAACAGCGUUGGGCGUUUCUCGUGCUUUACCACCAGCAAUCAGCUCCCGAAAAUUAUUAUCCGACCAUAUUGCUAAAGCAGUGUGCGCUCGAAUUUCGGAUGAGCUAGUGUCUAUUAUACCCCAAAUUAAUGAUUAUCUUUGUCCGAUAUGCUAUUCAUUAGCAUAUCAACCAGUUCGCUUGGACUGCCAACACGUUUUUUGCAUUCGUUGUAUUAUCAAAAUCCAGCGGCGCAAAGAGGAGAGCUGCCCCUUAUGCCGAGCUCCCGUGGUCAUGAAUGCUUCCAUUGACAAUCUUGAUGCGGAAUUAGAAAAAUUUAUGAAAAAAUAUUUUAUGAAGGAGGUAAAGGAGAAACAGCGCGCUAAUGAAAUAGAACGGGGAAUAGAAGAGUUUGGUCCAGGCUAUACACGAUCUGAAUGUAGCGUUAUGUAA